AUGGUCGAUUUGUUUUUGUGGAGAGACCCUGAGGAGUUGGACAAGAGAGACAAACUCGAAGACAGAGACCAGCCCCCCCACGCCCACCAAGAAGCAAACAACUGGGCAGCAGCAGCAGCAGCAGACUGGGGCUCGAAGGCCAACGAGUGGACUGGGCCGGGGACUGCAGCAGCAGCAGAAUGGAAUGAUGCUGCAGCAGCACCUGCGGACUGGGGGGCCCCAGCAGCAGCAGCAGCAGCAAAGUGGUAG